AUGCGUCGUCACCUGAAAGUGUUUCUGCUGCUCGCACUCUUGGUCACUUAUGUGACAGCGAAGAAGAAGGAGGAGAAGGAGGAGUCUUCCGAAGAGGAAGAAGAAGAGGGCGAAAAGUAUCAUAAGGAGGAACACAAGGAGAAGAAGCAUAAAGGAGACAAGGGUCAUAAGGAACAUAAGGAAUGGGAAGAGGAUGAGAAGAAACACCACGAGGAAGAGGACCAUGAGCACGAGUAUGGGAAUAAGGGAGGGAAAAAGAAGAAAUACUAUGAUGAGGAAGAGGAAUAUGGCGAAAAGAAGGAACAUGGGGCGCAUAAGAAGGGCGGUAAGCAUCACCAUAAGAAAAAACACAAGAAGGGUCAUAAAGAAUUGGAAUACCAUAAGAAAUUCAAUAAAGACGAGUAUAAGAAAGAAAAGAAAUUCUACGAUGAUGAACAUAAAGCGGGACAUCAUAAGAAACACGGUAAGGAUCACAAGCAUGAUUUAGAGGAGGAGGGUGGUCACAAGAAGGGUGAACACUAUGAAGCCGGUAAAAAGAAGGAGCACAAGAAGCACAAAGAACACUAUCAAAAGGGACAUAAAGAUGAGGAUGAGAAGAAGUAUAAGAAGAAGCACAAACAUGGUGAACAUCACGAGGAGCACGAGGAGUAUGGCAAAAAAGGCGAAAAGAAGGCCAAACAUAAGGAGGGUCACAAAAAAGAAAGCAAGAAAGAGAAAGAAAAGAAGAGCAAAAAAGAGGAGGAGAGUAAGCAUUGA